ACGUUCAUUAGAGCAAUGUCAUUUUUAAUAAACCAAUGCAUAUUUAGAAACAUGAAGAGAUCGGUACACGAAAUAAGCCGACUCAGAUGCAUAUUAACGGAAAUAAAAACCGGCUUCGUUGAAAAUAAGAAAUUUUUACCCAGCUUACAACAGUCAUGCAGGUUCACCUCAGACAGUAAUGCCUUUGAUAACAAGCAGAUAUCAGAAACUGAAAAAAUAUAUCAAGGUUCUAUGACGAAACAAGUCAGAACCAUCAAAGUCUUUACACUCAUCACCUCGAUCACCGGUAUAAUUUCGCAGCCAAUGCUCUAUGCGAAGUUUGAAGAAAUAGGUCUCUCACCUGCAAUGGUUGGCUUUGGCGCGUUCUAUGGAUUCUUUACAUUGAUAUCUCCAUUAUUGAUACACCUAGUAACCAAAAGAUAUGUUACUCAAAUAGAAUACAAUUCUAAAGAGGAUUACUAUACCGCAUAUACGUACACCUUCUUUGUACAACGAAAAAAGAUUCAGUUUACACCAGACGAUGUUCAGGUCCCAGACAUUCCAAGAAUGCUGACAACCUUUGUGGUGAAGAACAAUUCAUUGUUCGUAGAUCCAAAAAUGUUCGAGGAUAUAGGCCAUUACAAGCGGAUAAUGGGAUAUGAUAAGCCAUUAGAUUUUUCCCUAGAUUCAGAUUCUAAAGAUGAUAAAAAAUAAAGAUAGUACAUUAUUUA